ACUACGUAAUGAAAGAAAUACCAAUUUAUUCAUUCUGUUACGAUUCGAUUAAAAAGAAAACCUUGUUUACAAAUCAUGGUAUCAUAUUUCCGGAAUUAUUGCAUUCGAAAGCUCUAAAUUUGGAACGAAACAUACAAUACCAAAUGGCUAUGAUCGAGGAAUACGCUCCUUCAAAUUUAAUAGAAUUAGAAGCCGCAAUGAUGGCUGAGGCACAGGAAGGAUUUCAUUUGCAUUUAAUAGAUUUAAACAAGAGACCCAACUACAAAGCGGCGAAAUUUGUACCCUCCGAAGAUAAACCAUUCGCAUUAUGGAUAAAAUCCACUCAUCAAUACUUCAACGUCGAACUGCAACACGAAGUAUUAAUUCCACUUUGGGAUGAACUCAGCCAUCAUAUCAGACUCGACGCUAAAACUAAGUGGAUCAGGUACUGCAUAACCACCGGUGUAUUCGACUUGACUUCGUACUCAAGGACCGAUAACCAGUUAACAAAUGUAUGGGUGAAAAUGGUCUACGAAGUCUCAAACAUGCCUUGGGAAAACCCUUCUCACGCGAUGGUCAUUUUGAUGGAUAAUUUCAUCGAUUUUACAACACCUUCAGAUGAAGAAGAAAAUGAAAUGAAAGAAUACUGCGAGAAAAAUUUAUGCAUAGAUGAUUUGAAAGAAAGAUUCAAGAGAGUUGGUGGUCGCGUACGUUGUUGUUCUUUGACGGCUAAAAUGAGAGAAUUACUGGGUAUGGAAUUGCAGGAUACCACUUCGUCCAUGCCAGUUUUACUUAUACCUGGGAUAAAUGAUGAAGUCGCCGAAUCGAGUUCAUCAUUUAAAAAUAUUCUCAAUUAAAAAUCAGGGUACGUAAAGGGUAGAAAAACAAUGAGCAUUAAACUUCCUUCUUUUAUGAAUGAAAACAUCAGGGAAAGAUAAUGCCAUGUGAAUAAUUUUAUGAGUUGGUGAUUCUGGCCUGAUCACGCAGAUCCAUACUAAUUAGGUUCACAUAAUCACACGAGCAAAGGAUAUUCGUUCUAUACGUAUUACAUUAUUGUUAUUACGAAGCAUUAAAAUUCUACAUGGAAUUUGAAAACUAACUUACCCAUUGUAACAAUUAAUUUCUUAUCUUUACGAUGAAAAUUUGAUA